AUGUCAAGGAGAAGACGCAGCAGCGAUGUCAUCUCAUCAGUUCCACUGUCAACUCUUGCCACCGGAGUUCAACACCUGCCAUCAUCAGCCUCUGAUCAGGUGCAAGAAAGAUACUUCAGGCUGGUGAGCCGACUGGUGAUUCCCCCUACUGGCGGGAGGGCCUCUGGCAAGAAUGUCAGUGUCACUGUAGGGGUGCUGCUGCCUUUCUCCGGGAAUCGGUCGUUUGAUGUUCGGAAGGUGGCACCAGCAAUUGAGACAGCUGUUGAGAAGGUCACACUAGACAUGGGACCAUGGAACUUUCACAGUGUGACGGUCCUCUAUGGAGAUUCCCAGUGCGACAUUGCUGACUCCAUGAACCAGGCAAUACAACUUCACGAAAGACAGAGAACCUCUGCGUUCUUCGGUCCUGUCUGUGACUACGCUAUUGCUCCAGUGGCAAGACAGGCUCGAUACUGGAACACACCCCUGAUCACCGCUGGAGCUACGGCCUUCGACUACUACUGGCUAAAGAAUACCACUUACUCAACGCUCACUAGAAUUGGACCUGCAAAUUUACAGGGCUGCUCGGGUGAGUAG